AUGAAGCGCUUCCAUCCUGAAUACCUGAGAGCGUACACGCAAAGACAGGAGAAACAACAGAGUCAAACCGCUGCUAGACGGCUGGUUAACAUCUAUGAGUCAGCCAACGUCGACGAAGGCAUUGAUGAACCAGCAACCGACGUCGAUCAGAAGCGCUUCGUUGACUUGCUGGUUCAGUGGAUCGCGUCGGACUUACGCCCUCUUAGUACUGCCAACGAUGCCGGUCUUAUUGCAACCAUCGAGUUUGCAAACAGCGUAAGGGGAAGGCUGCGAAUUCCAGCUCGCCAAACUACGACGUCGCGAUUGCAGAUCAGAGCCGCAGAGUUUCGUUCUUCGCUUCGGAUUCGGCUCAGUGACAAGGGUGAAUGUCUAUACUUUUCUGUUUCACUUCGACAUGCACAAAUGGACAUGCACAAAUGGACGCUUGAGGUAAUAAGCAUCCCUGGUAAGCACAAUGCCCCUGCUAUUGCUGCUGCACUACUACCGUGCUUCGACAAUUGGAAUCUGGAUCGAACGUUGUGUGUUCGGUUUCUUCGGGAUGGAGCUCCAAACAUGAAGAGGGCAUGUGACCAGAUCGGCGUGACAAGUAUGUCGUGCAUCGCACAUUCACUUCAUCUCGUUGUUGGUGCUGCGCUCAUUCGCAAGCCUAGCGAUUUGCCACUGACAACGUCUGUGGACGAUAUCAAUGACACAAUCGGCAUCAACCCUCGUGAUGUCAACAAUUCCGAUGCUUCUGGCAGCAGUGACAGUGAUACUAGCACGUUGCGCGCAAUGGCCUCAACCGCUUCACUGGGAAGGGGAAUGACAAGUGAGGACAACCGGGACGAUGACGACAGCGGCUUGGAUGAGCCCAUCGAUCCGGACGAGGUAAUUGCCAUUUGUGAGCAAGUGGCAGAAUUCGUUCAAGACUGUGAAAUGGCUCCUGGCGAUCUUGAGCGCAUACGCCAAAUCGUUCGGCGAUUUCGCAAGCUCGCCGAAUAUUUCCAUCGCAUCCGGCAAGGCCAAGUGUGUGUGUAUUGGCCGAUUAUAUAUCGGAAGGUUACGUGA